CUGGCGGUGUUGAUGGUUUGCUAAAAUGGCGUCAGCUGCGUUGGUAGCGACUUCCUCAGGCAAAGAUGCCAUCGCCGAGGGGUUACUCGACCUCCUGAAACCAGCUGUCCAGCAGCUCGACUUGCAUGUGCACUCAGUCAGGGAAAGCCAGGUAGAAUUAAGAGAACAUAUAGACAAUCUGGCCACAGAGUUAUGCCGGAUAAAUGAACAUCAGAAGGUGGCCUUAGACCUGGACCCUUACGUGAAGAAGUUGCUGAAUGCAAGACGCAGAGUAGUGCUAGUAAACAACAUACUGCAGAAUGCUCAGGAGCGUCUGAGGCGACUCAACCACAAUGUGGCCAAAGAGACAGCACGAAGAAAGACCAUGCUGGAGGCUUCAGGAGUGUUCACCUCCCGCUCCCCCAGUAAACCCUGAGGCUUCUCCUUCUGCUCUGUGAACUGUCCUGAAAAAGAGGGAUACAUCGAUACAGGAAACUGUAACACAAGGAGUCUUUUUUUGUCUUUUGAGCUGUUUGUCUAAUGACAUGCUGAUGUCCUGCACUGCUUUGUCUGAUGUUGUUAUAAAACAUACUGGCUGCUAUCUGGCUGCAAAAUGGCAAAAUACAGCAGAAUCAGCUUUACACUAUCACCAGAUCAUUCUGUGGGUGCUUUUCAUUAUGCUAAUGUGUCUCCUUGCUUCCCUUAGUCACGUCUCUUCCUUGCGUCUUGGCUCCUCUCAGCAAAGAUGUGAGAGAGAGAUGGAGGAGCUCAAGCUGCCAAAGGAGAAAUCCAUAAUUCCAUAACGUCAGUCUUAAGCGUCGUCAGUUACUCGUGACGUACUGUGCCACAUGUGGAAGUGUAGCAUUUGGACCUCACACCACUUGAUAAAUGACUUCCACAUAGGAUACACUUGUGUUUCCUUAUUCAAAGAUCCUCCAGAAGCCUCCUCACUUCCCCGAGUCCCUUUUAGGGAUUGGAAGAUCCUCCACGAUGGCAGAGGGUGAACCAUUUUUUUGGGUCAUGGGAGGGGAGAGAAUUCUUGAGGAAGCAUAUUUUAGCAUAAUGAAACGCACCCAUUGCUCCUACAGAUUAAAUAUGUAUACUCAUGAGCAAAAUGUUAAAUAGACUGCUACUGUAAUGUCAUCAUGCAGGAUAGAUAACGACACCUGAGUAAUCUUGUGGACCAAAAUAAGAGAUCGUCAUUUCGCUGCUGGAAGCAUUGUUCUUUAAAGUAUAAGUCCCUCUUGAUGCCUUCUUCGACUCUCUGGCUUUGUGAGAUGGUUGUUAACUCUCUCUGAUGUUAAUGUUAAAGGAUCUGUUACUCUGUCGACAAGCAUCUGUCGAGCUUACCUGCAGUUUAAAACACACCUGAUUGCUGUGUCAAGAUAAAUACUACAACAAUGACACCUUCGUGUAGCAUGCUGUCAUACAUACAUGAAUGCAGUGGGAGUGGGCAUGUCCAGUGGAACCAGCAUGCACUAGGGCAAUGGAAUUUUUAUCUAACUGGAGUUGCUGCGCUGUUAGUGUUGUCAUCUGCAAUGUGUUCUGCAGUGUUUCGUCUCUUGUUCACAUUUCCACAUUGUUGGACAAUUAGUCAAUACAACUGAAUGCAAUUACACCGCAAGUUAUGUUGUAUGCACGAUUAUUGAGCACUGUGAUGACUUAACACUGAUGAUAAAUUUAGUUCCACUUCUGAAUAGGUGAGGUCAUGUUUUCAAGUUUUAUUUGCCAUUCUGAAAACUUUAUAUUGACAGAACAUGUCUGCUUGCACUUUUGUUAUUAUUAAGGAUUAUUCUGUAUAUUUCGAACAAAUAUACAUCUUAUCGUAGAAACUUU